AUUCAUUAUUUUAUUAUUCCUUGUAUCGUUUAAUUCAACUAUGAAAUUGUAAUUAGAUUAAAGUAACUUAAAGCGCUGACUUUCCUUUUACCUUCAGAAUUCGCCAUCUCACAAACAACAUUACUAUUAUUAUUUCAAAUCAAAAUAUUUAUUAUUUUUUAAGUUAAAUUUGUAUAACUGACACCAAGACCAAGAGUUACUUCUAAGUUUUAAUGAAAAUUUUCCAUUUGUAUCUGUUGGUGAUUAGCUUAUGGAAUGAGUUGCUGUUGGCAAAAGUGGAAGCUGGAACUUUACAAGAACAUAAGAAAGAAUAGAUGAUUUUGUGAAAAAUAAAGGAUGGAUUUAAAAUCUUUACUUUUAUCAGGGUGGCACAAGAAUGUAAACAAUGUCUAACUUUAAGAAACGAAAACGGCCAAUUGAAGGAAGCAGUAUGUUUACGACUCUCGAUGAAGAUCCGAUGUCAAAAUUUCGGGUUGAUUCUUGCGAGUUUCUUAACCAUAUAACAGAACGAGGUGUUUGUUCAAAGUGCUUGAAGUCUCGAAUGUAUUACUGUUACUCUUGUGGCAUUCCAAUUGACUCUGUGAAGGAUAAGAUACCACAAGUUCAGUUGCCUGUGAAGGUAGAUAUUAUCAAACAUCCACAGGAAGUUGAAGGCAAAAGCACCUCGGCACAUGCAGUAGUGUUGGCACCUGACUUUGUCAGAAUAUUUACUUAUCCAGACUUUCCUGAUUACACAGGUCAAAGAGUUAUUCUGGUAUUUCCUGGAAAAAAUGCAGUUCCACUGGAAGAAUGCUUCCGGAAGGAAAGUGUAAAAGCAUGUUCCUGCCUUAGUGUGGCAGAAGAAAUCCAGAACUUGUCUAGUCAGGUGGGGUCCUUAGGUGGUACUAAACAUUAUACAGUUGUAGACAAAGCAAGUACUAUGUCUUCUUCCAAAGAUGAUGGUAUGUGUACAAGAGGCUCUGUACCAUUAGCAACAGAUUACACAAUCUGCAAAACGCAUGUAAACAUGAAGAUGUGUGGAUCAUCAAAAUGUACAUCCUGUUCCAGUGACAACCAGUUUCCUUGUCACGAUGUGGAGAGAAGACAAAUUCUUUCUAAGAAAGGUUGUUAUCCUGAUGAUGGUGUAGUGUCCUCUGGUAUGGAUAGGUGUCAGCACUGUAGUCAAACGAAAAACAGCCAACCACCAUUUGACAGAGUCGUUUUUAUCGACAGCACGUGGAAACAAACCAAACGGAUUUAUGGAGACGAACGCAUCCGAGCUCUGCCAUGUGUCUUUCUGUCCUCACACACAUCCUUGUUUUGGAGGUAUCAACGUGGAAAACCCCGGGAGUAUUUGGCCACCAUAGAAGCCAUCUACUAUUUCUUUGUGGAACUAGAUAGCCUGUUGAAACCAGGAGAGCCUUACCUUCACCAAUUUGACAACCUCCUUUUCUUUUUCAAGUUCAUGUACCAUAAGAUCAGGACUCUUUACGACCCUCGGAAAUUGAAAGCCUAUCAAACAGGAGAAGACCAAUCGAAUAUUAGUAACGUAGACUGCCCAAUAGAGGGAUCAUCCCUUUUUAAUUAAUUUUCUGAAGAAAAAAAAAACAAAAAUGAAUUUGGUUCUUACGAUCUCAGCAGUGAGUCAUCUUUGUGAUAUUAGCUAUAUUUUGUCCCGGAAAAAAUUUUUGAGGAUACAUUAAGACUAUAUAAUCCUUUACCCAUUAAAAUUGGAGUAAAAUAGGAUUUUUUUUUCUGAACUGAUUAUUUUAUACGUAUAUAUUUUAGACGAAUGACGUUACUUAUAUUUGCGUAAAUGUGUAUUGAAUUUAGGUGUUUGAAUUUUAAUGACAAAUUGUAUUCCAUGUCGCAAAUGUAACGGUUUUCUGAUGACGAGCAGGUAACUUACCAAUAUUGUUCUUGCAAGGUGAACAAGAAGCUUUACUUUAGAGCUCUUCAUAGGUUUAAAUUAGUCUGUCUUACUGUUGGGAAGUACUUGUGUGUUAAAUAUUCAAAUAUACAACAACAGCAAGUUUUACGGUAAGCAGGUUCUAAUUUUAUUUAUUACAACGUUUCGACUUAUAGUAUCGGGUAAGAGUUGAUCGGAUACUAUCGGUCUAAACGUUGUAAUUAUCAAAAUCAGAACUUGUCUUCUGUAAAACUUGCUGUUGUUGCAUGUUUUUUGAAUUAACGAUUCGCUUCUGGAGGUUCCACACUCAACAUCAAUUGUAUGUUAACUUAAAACUUUUUAUCAUUAAACGAAAUACAAGCUUCAUUUCGA